AUGCAGUCCUUACAUCUGUUGAGUCCGGCCACGGAGGAGUUUUUUUUAUAUGGCCAUGGCUGAACAGGUAAAACUUUUUUGUACUCCACCAUUGCGGCAAGGCUAAGAAGUGAGAGAAAAAUAGUGCUCACUGUUGCAUCAUCAGGAAUAGCUUCCCUACUACUACCAGGUGGCAGAACAGCACAUAGCAGGUUUGAGAUCCCAAUAGAAUUAUUUGACAGCACGACAUGUGGGGUACGCCAGCAAACACAGCUCGCAAACCUGGUCAUACAGUCCUCAUUAAUAAUAUGGGAUGAGGCUCCAAUGGCAAACAAACUAGCAUUUGAAGCUGUUGAUCGCACACUAAAGGACAUUGUCUCCUACACACAACAUGAAGCAGCACAUUUGCCAUUUGGAGGAAAAACAAUAUUGAUGGGGGGAGAUUUCCGACAAAUACUGCCCGUUGUGAGAAAGGGGAAGCGGCCAGAUAUCGUCCUUGCAACGUUAAACCGGUCGUACAUUUGGGCUGACUGCUUAGUCCACACAUUGAAACAGAGCAUGAGAGUCAAGAACCAAACAGUGGAGGGAAACACAAACAUUAACAAUAAAACCUUCAACAAAUGGUUACUACAAAUGGGGAAUGGAACAUUACCAAUGGUGUCAAGGGAAGAUGAGGAAGAGCCAACAUGGAUUGAAAUACCAAAACAACACUGCGUUCCAGUAACAACAGACCACAUUUCAGAUAUAAUAGCUCACACAUAUCCAGACUUCAUCAACAAAUGGAAUGACGAAGUCUACCUAAAAGAGAGAGCUAUCUUGACCCCGUUGAAUGACACCGCAGACGAAAUAAAUGAGAAGAUGUUCAACCUGUUACCAGGAGAACAUUCUACAAAGAGGUCUUCAACAACCUUCCCCAGGAUGAACAAAGACAUGAAGAAGAAUAACGCAGUUCCCAUGACAACCAAAACUACAAAUUCCUUCAAAGAUUCAGCUCUUCACGAAUGAUCACCACUGCAGCGCCCAACCCAAAAAAACACCUCACACCGCGCAACAUCAACUUCACACCAAGCAUACCUAACUGAUGAAGUCUGCUAAAUCUGCAGCAUUUCCAUCCAUUCUUACCAUUAACACUACCAUUAUUCCCUCUUCUUCCCGUGUGGGAAUAACUACAUGCACAAAGGGAAUGUAAUUAUUCAAAUAUCCUUUCCUUAUACAUGUGGUUUAAACAAAACCUAUAAUAACAAACUAGGUUUCCG